AUGUCUGUUCCUGCCUCCUGGUCCCAGCAUCCCUGUCCUGUCCUGCUGCUGACCCUCCUGCUGGGACUCCCAGGAGCAGCUGAACCGGAGCUGCAGGUGAUUCAGCCUGAGACGUCAGUGUCUGUCGCUGCUGGAGAGUCGGCCACGCUGCACUGCACUGUGACCUCCAUACUCCCCGUGGGACCCCUCGAGUGGUUUAAGGGGUCAGGACCAGACCGGGAGACAAUCUACAAGUUCAAAGAAGGCCACUUCCCCCGAGUCACAAAUGUCUCAGAUACCACACGGAGGGACAACAGGGACUUUUCCAUCCGCAUCAGGAACGUCACCCCAGCAGAUGCCGGCACCUACUACUGUGUGAAGUUCCAGAAAACCAGCAAUGAAAACAAGGAGGUUCAGUCUGGACCAGGCACCGAGCUGUCUGUGCAAGGAACAGUGAAGUCUACACUUGCUUCAUAUCUCAUAGCCCUGUUCCUGGGCCCCAAGAUCCUACUGGCAGUCGGUGUCUCUGCCAUCUACAUCCACAGGAAGCAGAAGUCUGACUAUCCUUCAGCUCUCCCUGCUACCUGUGACCCUCAGUCUCUGCCACCUUCUUCCUGCUCCAUGGUGCUCAGCCUGAGAGAAGAAGUUGUGGACAAGCCUCUGUAGACUCUGCUCCAAAUGCCUCCCUCCCUGGACACCCACAGCCCACAGGCCCCUGUUGCUCCUCUGGCCAGUCCUUGAUGCCCCAAGACUGAGUCUGCACUCACUUCCUAGGCAGGAGCCCUGGGACCUGCCUCUGGGCAGCAGCUCCUGACCCCUCCUCAGAAUGUGAUGACCAGUCCCAUUGAACACGUCAGGAUGGCUCUCCUCCACUGCCUUGGGGUGACCUUCAAGCACCCCAUGUCCUCACUCUCAAGAAUCAUACUGCCUUCUUUCUCCUGCAUACUCCUUCUCCCCAGCCUUCCUCAGGUUCUCAAUGAA